GGCAGGGGCCGCGGGCGAGCCUGCGCUGGGCCGGCGGAGGGAAGCGAGCCGCUGGGGCCGGGGGCGGCGGGGACCCCACGGGAGCGCGCGCGGCGGGGACCCCCAGGGGCUUGCGGGCGGCCGGGGGAGGCUCGGCGGACAAAGGGGCGGAGGGCGGAGAGCCAUGGCCUCCCCGGCCCCCGCCGCCGCCCGCCCCCGAGCCGUGCCGCCAGCCGUCCUGGCCCGCCUCGGAGCCCCCCAGAUGCGCCCCAGAGCCCGCGGAGCCGCCGCCCGCGGGAAGGGUCAAGGUGGAAGGUCCAAGGACUGAGAAAGACCCUCGAAGGCAUCCGCUUAAGUCCUCCAUUCCUUUCCUAGAGACUGAUCAGGAGUCGGGCUUCAGAAGGACCCCCCCCGGAAGGGCUCCGCAACCUCACGCUAGAGUCGAGAAUGGAUAUGUUCAGCUUGGAUAUGAUCAUCAGUGACCCAGCUGCGGAAGCCAGCAGGGCUGGGAAGAAGCAGCUCAGAGGCGCUCAGAACCCUUGCUCAUCUGCCAGAGCCGGACCCUGGCACAAGUCCCUCAACAUAAAGGACAAGAUAUCAGAAUGGGAAGGGAAGAAAGAGGUGGCUGCUCCUGCACCCAGCAGGAGAGCAGAUGCACAGGGGGAUUAUCUGACGUCCUGUGUGGUGGAGAGGAGGAGUAGUGAUGGGGUGAGAACUCAGGUCACAGAGGCUAAGAAUGGAAUGAGGCUAGGAACAGAGAGCACAGAGAAGGAGAGGAAUAAAGGAGCAGUGAACGUCGUGGGACAGGACCCAGAGCCGGGGCAAGACCUAAGCCAGCCAGACCGGGAAGUGGAUCCUAGCUGGAGCCGAGGCCGAGAGCCAAGACUUGGCAAGCUGCGCUUUCAGAACGAUCACCUCUCAGUGCUGAAGCAGGUCAAGAAACUCGAGCAGGCUUUGAAGGAUGGGUCAGCAGGGCUGGAUCCUCAGCUGCCAGGAACUUGUUACUCCCCACACUGCCCACCUGAAAAGGCAGAGGCGGGGCCCACCCUUCCUGAGAACCUGGGAGGCGGGAGUGGCUCCGAAGUCAGCCAGAGGGUCCACCCCUCCGACCUGGAAGGCAGGGAGCCUGCCUCCGAGGCUGUGGAGGACAGGAAAGGUUCAUGCAGAAGGCCCUGGGACCGGAGCCUUGAGAACGUGUACAGGGGCCCGGAGGGUUCCCCCACAAAGCCCUUCAUCAACCCUCUGCCAAAACCCCGGAGAACGUUCAAACAUGCUGGAGAAGGGGACAAAGAUGGGAAGCCUGGCAUCGGCUUCAGGAAAGAGAAAAGAAACCUGCCUCCUCUGCCCUCUCUACCUCCCCCACCUCUGCCCUCCUCUCCCCCGCCGUCCUCUGUGAACAGAAGACUGUGGACUGGGAGACAGAAAUCCAGUGCAGACCACAGAAAAUCCUAUGAGUUUGAAGAUUUACUGCAGUCUUCCUCUGAGAGCAGCAGGGUGGACUGGUACGCGCAGACUAAGCUGGGGCUGACACGUACUUUAUCGGAGGAGAACGUCUAUGAAGACAUUCUAGAUCCGCCAGUGAAGGAGAACCCUUAUGAGGACAUCGAGUUACACGGUCGCUGCCUGGGAAAGAAGUGUGUCUUGAAUUUUCCUGCUUCUCCCACCUCUUCCAUCCCUGACACGCUCACCAAGUCAUUGUCCAAACCUGCUUUUUUCCGACAAAAUUCAGAGAGGAGGAACUUCAAACUGCUGGACACUAGGAAGCUGAGUCGGGAUGGAACUGGGUCCCCUUCCAAAAUCAGCCCCCCCUCCACUCCCAGCAGCCCUGACGACACUUUCUUUAACCUUGGAGACCCACAGAACGGCAGGAAGAAGAGAAAGAUACCUAAGCUGGUGUUGCGAAUCAACGCCAUUUAUGAGGUCCGGAGAGGAAAGAAACGGGUGAAGAGGCUGUCCCAGUCAAUGGAGAGCAACUCAGGAAAAGUGACAGAUGAGAACAGUGAGUCUGACAGUGACACAGAGGAGAAGCUGAAAGCUCACAGCCAGCGCCUGGUCAACGUGAAGUCUCGCCUGAAGCAGGCGCCUCGGUACCCAUCGCUUGCCCGGGAGCUCAUCGAGUACCAGGAGAGGCAGCUCUUCGAGUAUUUUGUGGUUGUGUCUUUGCACAAGAAGCAGGCUGGGGCUGCCUACGUGCCAGAACUCACCCAACAGUUCCCUCUGAAGUUGGAAAGAUCUUUCAAGUUCAUGAGAGAGGCUGAGGACCAACUGAAGGCUAUUCCCCAGUUCUGUUUCCCUGAUGCCAAGGAUUGGGUUCCUGUCCAGCAGUUCACCAGUGAAACAUUCUCAUUUGUCUUAACUGGAGAAGACGGGAGCAGAAGGUUCGGUUACUGCCGAAGACUGCUGCCUGGAGGCAAAGGGAAGCGCCUUCCAGAAGUUUACUGCAUUGUGAGCCGCCUGGGAUGCUUCAGCCUCUUUUCAAAGAUAUUGGAUGAGGUGGAAAAAAGACGAGGCAUCUCUCCUGCCCUGGUUCAACCACUCAUGAGAAGUGUCAUGGAAGCUCCUUUCCCAGCCCUGGGCAAAACCAUCCUUGUCAAGAACUUCCUGCCAGGUUCAGGAACCGAGGUGAUCGAACUGUGCCGCCCACUGGACUCCCGGCUCGAGCACGUGGACUUUGAGUCUCUCUUCUCCUCCCUCAGCGUCCGCCACCUGGUCUGUGUGUUUGCCUCCCUGCUUCUGGAGAGGAGGGUCAUCUUCAUUGCAGACAAGCUCAGCACCCUGUCCAAGUGCUGCCACGCAAUGGUGGCACUGAUCUACCCCUUCACCUGGCAGCACACCUACAUCCCGGUGCUGCCACCCGCCAUGGUCGACAUCGUGUGCUCGCCAACGCCCUUCCUCAUCGGGCUGCUCUCCAGCUCUCUGCCCCUGCUCAGGGAGCUGCCACUGGAAGAGGUCCUUGUGGUUGACCUCGUCAACAGCCGGUUCCUCAGACAGAUGGAUGAUGAGGACUCCAUUCUGCCCCGGAAGCUUCAGGUGGCCCUGGAACACAUUCUGGAACAGAGGAACGAGCUGGCUCGUGAGCAGGACGAAGGGCCCCUAGACAGCAGGCAUGGCUCAGAGUCCAGCCCCUUGAAUGAGGUGGUGUCUGAAGCCUUUGUCCGUUUCUUCGUGGAGAUUGUGGGACACUACUCUUUGUUCCUGACGUCGGGUGAGCGCGAGGAGAGAACCCUGCAGCGGGAGGCCUUCCGCAAAGCUGUCUCCUCCAAGAGUGUCCGCCACUUCCUGGAGGUCUUCAUGGAGACUCAGAUGUUUCGGGGCUUCAUCCAGGAGCGGGAGCUGCGCCGGCAGGAUGCCAAAGGUCUGUUUGAGGUCCGAGCCCAAGAGUAUCUGGAAACACUCCCCAGUGGAGAGCACAGCGGUGUCAAUAAGUUCCUGAAGGGACUAGGCAAUAAAAUGAAAUUUCUCCACAAGAAAUAACUCUCAGCUCAGCCUCAAGGGAAAACUUCCUCCUAGUGCAGCUCCAUGCUUUGAAAACAGUUCUUGGUGGCCUUUCUGAAAGGCUGGCUCCCAGGUUGUCCUGGUGCGGAACUGGAGGCCACGGUGGCUUCUGACUGAGGCUGGGCUUUCCCCUGGACGGGGGCCUGGGAGCCACCCGGGAGGACAGCCCCUGAAAGGGAGCCCGAGACCAGGCGUGUCGCCGACAUGCAAAUGGGUUGUUUUGGUGGUUGGGGUUUUUUUAAUCUUAGAUAUUAAAAGUAAGAAAAAUG